UGUGCUGCGUCAUUCAGGCUGGCUCCUGGAUGACUCUCCAGUGGCUUUCCUAAAUGUAAGAUCUUGCAUUCUCCAGUAGCUCUAUUCCCUGCCCCUUCCCUGGGUAAGGCUGGAGGCCUCAAGAGCAGCCAUGCACCCUCCUAUGCCUGAGGCAAAGAGCUGACUGAUGGCAAUAACCCCUGCAGCUUCCCCCACCAUUGCAGGUGCAGGAAGUGGCAAGCAAAUCCUGAUACUGUAACGUGAAGUGGGGUAACACCCCUCCCAACCUGAGUUGACUACCACUAGGCCCUUCAAAAGGGAAAUGAAACAGGGCUAGAUUGUGGGAGCCACUACUCUAACUGCUGAUAACAUGAAAGUAAAAACAGUCUGCCAAGAGAACAGGAACAAUCAGGCCGUCCGGGAAACAGAUGUGAUCCAGGCUCAGGCCCUGGUCCUAUUCUCAUCGCUACUGACCUUCUGUGACUUUAAAACACCUAGGUUAUGGAGCCAGCCUGACCUCCCCACUUAUGGCCAUUGCUGCGGUUCUUUCCGUGUCCCUCUAUUUGAUGUCAUGUAAUUGUAUACACAAAGUGAAAGGGUUCACGGAAAUUGGAAGUGAACCAGUGAAUCAUCUCCUUUAUGAUGGGAGGGCCUUUUAAACUCCCGAUGCUGUGGAGAGACCUGGAUUCGUACUUAUAGUUCCACAAGAGUCCACACCGUGCGGAUCUCUCCAUGGGACAAUUCAAGAGCUACAAGAUCCUGACCGUGGGGUUAAUCGUUCUGAUUUUGGUAAGUACUUUCCUUGCCUCUUAUUGGCAUCAUUACUGCUUCUCCGUGUUUGGGUUGGUUAAAUGCUUUAGCAUUGGAGAGUGGACUGAGGGAAAUGCUCAUUCUUUUUCCUCCCACCCCUGAGAGACAUCUGGGAGCAUCAGCUGCAGGGGAGAGCAUCAUCUAAGAAGCAGUAUGAGCAGCUGCAUGCUGGAGUCAUCAGGGAAUCUAAAGUCAGAAGUUUUUAGGAAGUCCCCAAGGAGAAAAAAGAGGAGUGUUCUGUCUCAGGAUGUCUUGGCCUGAGCCCAUGAACCAUUGGAUCCCACCACCCUAUCGUGCCUCUAAACAUGGCUCUGAGCCCAACAACUGGGACUCUCUCCCUCAAGAACUCACCAACCUGACCAGCCUUCUGUACUGGCCUUCAACUGGUGGCAACAAAGAUGACUUUUUGGCUUCUACUAGCCCCAAAACCUCAACUUACCAUUUGAAGGGUCCUGCCCAGACCAACUAUACUCUGGGAAGUAAUCUAGAGGCCAUUCUUGUGGCUAGGGACCACCAGGGUAGGCCCAAGACUCAUGGUGGAGAUCUGUUUCGGGCACAGCUUCUGGGCCGGGAGUUGAAAGCAGGAGUCCCAGGGGAGGUGAAGGAUCUGGAGAAUGGCACAUACCUCUUGUCCUUCCCCCUGCUCUGGACUGGACCAGCCCAGGUGCAAGUGAGGCUGAUCCACUCCAGUGAGGCAGUCGGGGUCCUACAGAGGGUCUGGAAAGGAAAACGGGCCACUGUUGACUUUAGGGGGUAUUUUCGAGGCAGGAAUGGCUCUCAAGAGACUGUGAUCUGCAACGUGGACCCCCAGUCAACUGGAGCCCAAGGGCCCACCUGCCAGUACAGGGAUGUGGUCUCUGGGGAGCUCUGGUUCUGUGCUCAACCCGCUACUCUGCCCUGCGAUGCUUUAGUCGGUCACUCCAGUGGAAGUUACCUGAAGGUGACCACACGGCAUGAUGAAGAACUGAUGGCUGGGAGUGUGACUGACCAGCCACUCCCUUCAGGCAUAUCUCCCAUCCUGGUGACACCAGCAGCCAUUGGGAACGUGAGUGAUGUGGCCUUGCCUCCUCGGCCCCCAUGCCGCCCUGGCCACCUGUCUCCAAAACCCUCUGGCUUCUACUACCAAGACAGAUGGCACUCAACAUUCUGUUCUAGCCGCUCUUUCCCCACUAUAGACAGCAUCCUGAACUGCCUGGCUGGCCGCAUUGUCUACAUGAUGGGGGAUUCCACCCUUCGGCAGUGGUGGGAGUAUCUGCGAGACACAGUGCCCUCUCUGAAGCCGGUUGACCUACACGUCCAAUACCAGGCGGGGCCCCUGAUGGCUGUGGACACAACUCGGGGGACAGUGUUGCACUGGAGGGCCCACAGCUGGCCGCUGCGCUCUCGCCGCACUCCAGUGGCCUCCUUGCACUCUGUGGCCAGAGUUCUGCAUGGCCUGGCCGGGGGUCCCUACACGGUGGUGGUGCUCGGCAUGGGAGCCCACUUCACCACCUUCCCCCCAUCCAUCUUUGCUCGAAGACUGGCAGGGAUUCGGGAAGCUGUGAAAGCCCUGCUGGACAGGGAACCCAGUACUCUGGUGGUUAUCAAACUGGCCAAUACUGGCUACAAAUCCGUGUAUGGCAGUGACUGGCUCACAAUCCAGGUGAACAGGUUCCUCCGAGCUGCCUUUGAUGGUCUCCAAGUGGCCUUUGUGGAUGCAUGGGAAAUGACCUCCAGCUUGGCUCUACCGGACGACAUCCACCCAAAGAAGCUUAUUGUCCGCAACGAGGUGGAAUUGUUCCUGUCCUUCGUCUGUCCCACCUGAGUGCUCCUGAGGGACCUGAGAAUGAAUGGAGGCAGAGCCUGAGUGGGGGCCAUCAAAAUGAUGGACAGCAAAUGAUGGGUAGCUGAAGCUACCCCUGGCUUACCCGCUAUAACACUCGGGUCACCAUAUUUUAUGCAUCUUUCUAUGGACCACACGGAUAAGUCUAAUUUUAUAUAAAUGAGAUGAUAUUUUA